GAUAUAUGUGUGUAUAUAUAUAAGGUCGCAACUUAGUCUCCAACCAUUGCAAAGACAACAAGCUCAGUUUAGCGAAAGCCGCCGCCGCUGCGGAGCGCGAACCGGUUACUCCAGAACAAUACAAUAGGGUCCGACUCCUCUACGCCCGUUCGACCUGUUCGUUACCUCCGACCGGUAUCGGAGAGAGUGGGGGGAUGGCCGCGGCCGAGAGCAAAGAAGUGCAGGGUGGUUUGGAAUGGCGGGUGAAAGUCCCCGAAGGAUCGACGGCGAAGAUGGAGUCGGAGGCGGCAGCGUUCGAGAGGGCGGCGGCGUGGCUGGUCGGGUGCAUGGUGAUGGUGAGGAUGAAGGUGGUGGGCACUGCAACGAGAGUGUGGAGGAUAGGAGCUGAUGAUCCAAGGAAAGUUAUGCAUGGGCUCAAAGUAGGGCUUGCCCUAACCCUAGUUUCACUCUUUUACUACACCAGGCCUUUGUAUGAUGGUGUGGGAAGAGCUGCUAUGUGGGCUAUUAUGACUGUGGUUGUUGUCUUUGAAUACACUGUUGGUGGGUGCUUGUACAAAGGAUUCAACAGAGCCACUGCUACAUUGAGCGCCGGCGCCCUCGCCAUCGGCGUUCACUGGAUCGCGGCGAAAUCGGGACAUAAAGUGGAGCCUGUUAUCCUCGGUGCCUCAGUUUUUCUACUAGCCUCCACCGCCACCUUUUCGCGGUUCAUACCGACGGUAAAAGCGCGAUUCGACUACGGCGUGACGAUAUUCAUCCUCACCUACAGCUUGGUUGCAGUGUCGGGGUACCGUGUGGAGCAGCUGCUCACGUUGGCGCAGCAGCGCUUGUCGACCAUCGCCAUCGGAAUCUGCAUCUGCCUCCUUGUUUGUGUUUUGAUUUGCCCGGUUUGGGCCGGCCAAGAAUUGCACCUUCUCAUCGUUCGCAAUAUGGAAAAGCUCGCCGAUUCCUUGGAGGGCUCUGUUGAAGAUUACUUCACCGAGGACCGGAUUGCCGAUCCAAAGAGCACUUCGCCCUCACAAAAGUCGCAGGGCUACAAGUGCGUUCUUAACUCGAAGGCGUCUGAGGAUUCACAGGCCAAUUUAGCAAGAUGGGAGCCGGCGCAUGGCCGCUUCGGCUUUCGGCAUCCCUGGAGUCAGUAUCAGAAGGUUGGAGCCGCGAUGAGAUACUGUGCUUACUGCAUAGAAGCCCUCAGUGGCUGCAUCAAUUCAGAGAUUCAGGCACCUGAAUCCAUAAAGAAGCAUCUAAGUGAUGUGUGCAUGAGACUCAGCUCACAGUGCUCAAUGGUCUUGAAAGAUAUGUCAAGCUCAAUCAAGGCAAUGAGAAGGUCUCAGGGGAUAGAUCUCCUAGUGGCAGAUAUGAAUGAAGCAGUUCAGGAUCUCCAGAGUGCUUUAAAAGCACUUCCCAGUCAAUUAAUACAAGGAACAGCUUCUCCACAAAGAGAAGCAGCAUCAGAUGAGAAGCACUCCAUCUCAGUUACUGCUACAUUGCCGCUAAUGGAAGCUCUUCCACUCAUCACAGUAGCAUCACUUUUGAUUGAAAUAUCAUCAAGGAUUGAAGGGGCCGUAAAUGCUGUGGAAACUUUAGCUAGACUGGCAAAGUUUGACGAUCCUACUGACGAUGAAAAGUCUGAAAAAAUGAACAACAUAAGCAACUCAGAGAAAGUCCUUCAAGAGGUCUAAUUUGUUGGAUAUUCAGGAAAAUCCCAUAUCUUAUCUACAGGAAAUAAUGUCGUACAAAUGAAAUUUAGAGGCUCCUUGCUGAAACCAGAUAUGGUGUUUCGCUUUGUACAUGUGAAAUUAGGAGAAACGUGUAUGAACGCCCCUCUAACUAUAUGUUAUUUGAAAACAGAUUAUGCAUUUUUUGUUUAUACUCUUA